GCCAAGUCUGCGUCGUCUGCGAAGAAGCCGCGCGCCAAGCCUGCGCACCCGCGCACCUCUGAGAUGGUGACGGCCGCCAUCAAGAGUCUGAAGGAGCGCGGCGGGUCGUCGCUGCAGGCGAUCAAGAAGUACAUAGCCGCGCACUACAAGCUGGACGCGGAGAAGCUGGCGCCGUUUAUCAAGAAGUACCUCAAGUCGGCCGUCGUGGCGGGCGAGCUGGUGCAGACGAAGGGGAAGGGCGCGUCCGGCUCGUUC